GUAACUUCCUGCUCGCUCACUGCUCCCGGGAGCGAGCACACCGAGUGUGCUCUCCCUGCUAACCUUGCUCUGCUUCAGUGCCGCCUCUUCUGCAAAAAGGUAAUUGAGAAUGGGCCCUCAAGGAUGCUGAGGCUACAAUGGGAAGUGUCACACUUCGCUAUUUCUGCUAUGGGUGCCUCUUCACAUCCGUGACCUGGACACUUCUGCUCUUUGUUUAUUUCAACUUCAGUGAAGAGAACCAAUCCUUCAAGAAUGUGCCCAUCAAGGGGCUGGAACCUCAGAGGCCAUUCCCAAAAAAAUUCUACCCCCGUUUUACACGGGGGCCAGUUCAUGUACCUGAAUUGCAGCAGAAAGAGAAUAAGAUAGGGAACUCUUUGGGAAAUCAUAUCCAGGAUCCAGUUAAGGGGGAGAUAGAAUUCUCUCCUGAAAUGGGAAUGAUUUUUAAUGAAGAAGAUCAGGAAGUGAGAGACUUGGGCUAUCAGAAGCAUGCUUUUAAUAUGCUUAUCAGCAAUCGACUGGGAUACCACAGGGAGGUGCCUGAUACAAGAGAUCCAAAGUGCAGAGAGAAGUCCUACCCUGCUGAUCUGCCCUCUGCCAGCGUUGUGAUUUGUUUCUACAACGAGGCGCUCUCGGCCCUGCUGCGCACGGUGCACAGCGUCCUGGACCGCACCCCCGCCCACCUCCUGCACGAAAUCAUCCUGGUGGAUGACAACAGUGAGCUGGCUGACUUGAAAAAUGACUUGAGUGAAUAUGUUAAAACUCAGCUUCCCAAAACUACAAAAUUGGUAAGAAAUGAGAAGAGGGAAGGCUUGAUCAGAGGAAGGAUGAUUGGAGCCUCUCAUGCCACAGGGAAGGUGCUGGUGUUCCUGGACAGUCACUGUGAGGUGAAUGAGAUGUGGCUGCAGCCUCUGCUGACCCCCAUCAGGGAGGACCACAGGACCGUGGUGUGCCCCGUCAUCGACAUCAUCAGCGCCGACACCCUCAGCUACAGCUCCUCGCCCGUCGUGCGCGGGGGCUUCAACUGGGGCCUGCACUUCAAAUGGGACCUGGUGCCCCUGGCAGAGCUGGAGGGACCCGAGGGAGCCACUGCUCCAAUCAAGUCACCCACCAUGGCUGGAGGGCUGUUUGCCAUGGAUAGAGAGUAUUUCAAUGAGCUGGGGCAGUAUGACAGUGGCAUGGACAUCUGGGGAGGAGAAAACCUGGAAAUAUCCUUUAGGAUCUGGAUGUGUGGGGGCAGACUCCUGAUCAUCCCCUGCUCCAGGGUGGGACACAUUUUCCGUAAGAGGCGUCCCUACGGCUCACCUGGGGGACAGGACACCAUGGCUCACAACUCACUGAGGCUGGCACAUGUGUGGAUGGAUGAAUACAAGGAGCAGUAUUUUGCUUUGAGACCUGAGCUGAGGAUGAGGAGCUAUGGAAAUAUCACCGAGCGUGUAGAACUGAGGAAGAGAUUGAACUGCAAGUCCUUUAAGUGGUAUUUAGAUAACAUCUAUCCUGAGAUGCAAAUAUCUGGGCCCAAUGCCAAAGCUCCACAGCCAGUUUUUAUUAACAGAGCACAGAAACGACCAAAAAUAAUCCAGCGUGGAAGGCUGUAUCACCUCCAAACCAACAAAUGCCUGGUUGCCCAGGGCCACCCAAGUCAGAAAGGAGGGCUGGUGGUGGUCAGGGAGUGUGACUACAAUGACCAGAACCAGGUGUGGAUUUACAAUGAGGAUCAUGAGCUGAUUUUGAAUAAUCUGCUGUGCUUGGAUGUGUCUGAAACUCGCUCGUCCGAUCCCCCUCGGCUGAUGAAGUGCCACGGCUCGGGUGGCUCCCAGCAGUGGACAUUUGGGAAAAACAAGCGGCUGUACCAGGUCUCGGUGGGGCAGUGCCUGAAGGUGGUGGAUCCCCUGAGCCACAAGGGCUACGUCACCGUGGCCAUCUGCGACGGGUCCCUUCCUCAGCAGUGGCACUUUGAGAGCUGACACGGCCAGCAGGUGGCUGAGGAGAGUUCAGCUGAGCCUGCUUCCCCUUCAGCCACGAUCUGAAGUCAUUCUGGAGGGUUUGUGCAGAGCCCUUGGCACGGCCGUGGAAGGAGCUGCUGGAAGUGCCCUGCCCGAGGAGCUGAGCCUGAAGGCCUGGGUGUCACUGGUCCCUGGUCACACACUGAGAGCAGCAGCCCCACUGCACCACGGAGUGAAAUGCAUCAUCAGCUCCUUGGAUGGGCCUGGAUUAUUGGACUGGUUUUAAGUAAGAGAAAUCAUUAGAGCAAUGUAAUUUAAAUGGUGAGAUUUAAACUUUGUGGAUCUUCUCAAUGACAAUGACAGAAAGGAGUCCUCCUUGACUAUUUCAUGUGCAGUAUCUCAAUAAUUUACAUUUCUAGUAUGGGAUUACUGGCCAAAAUUAUUUUACUUUUUCUGGAAAAUGUUUUUAUUCCUUUCCAUCUUCUGAUAAUUGUCAUUUGAAAUAUUUAAAUUUAGUUCUUUUAAUUUUAGGACAUUUCAUGUAGUUUAAGUUCUUUGCUGUCAUUCGUCACCUCAUAUUUAAAACAAAGUAACUAUUGCAAAGUCUAUUUUGAUGACUCAUGACAGUAGCUGCAUUUAAAAUAAAGUAUCUUUUUUUUAUUAAUUUGUAUGGCCUUACUCUUUGUAGCUGUUAGACCAGAAAGCACCAACUUAGACACUGAUGGAAAUUAAAGUUCAGACAAUUUGGGUCUUUUUUCACUCCCUUUCUCCCUUCCUUGCAUCUUGGAAGGCUUGACAGAGAAUUUCUGCGUUUUUUUCCUCCACUUCUCUUUUAAUUUAUUUUACUAUUUCUUUGACUUCCUGCCUCAGCUUCUUCAGUGUGUGGGAGCUCCUGCAGAAGAGAAAAGCUGCUCUUACCCAGUGCAUUUUUUCUUAGCACUGUUGUUGGCCUCAUUUCCCACUCCACAGCCACAGCCUUCCCUGGGAACGUGCAGUUUGGAUUUUGGAAGUUCCAGGACAGCCUUGCCCUUCCACUUGUGCAGCAGAAACUGCAGAGAUACUCCAGCAUCCACUUAUUGACCUUUUGGGCAGUGUGAAGAAAAUAAUGAUAAAGCUAGAAUAAUUACAGCCCCACAUCUUUCUGCAGAGAGGAGAUUUGCUUGUGCCAGACUCUGUUUGGUCCUUCAGCCCCCUGCCAGGGCCAGCACCUGGGAGAAGAGCAGAGGAUGCAAAGGAGCAGGUAAGAGUGGCCUGGCCACAGGGCAGCUGCUUUGCCUCCCCACUAGUCCUGGAGGGAGUGAGCUCCUGGCACACUUGGAGAACCAGGUACCAGGGUUUAAAAAUCAGAACCAGCUGGCUGAAGUUAUUCAAGAUACAGCAUUACAAUGGGAGUAAUUAAAUAAGACACCAGCCAAGCUCCUUCCUACCAAGGAAAGCCUCUAAAACCAACCUCAGCCCCCUUGGGCAGCUGAGCCUGUGCUGGGCCUUGCUCAGGGGCACCUGGAGCCUUGGCAUGUUCCCAGGUGACUCCUGCAGUCAGGCAGGGCUGGAUCAUGGUGUCAGCUCAGGUGCCCCUUUCACUGGCAGCAGUGGCAGCCUGGGUGGGUGCUGUGUGGGAAAUCCCAGUCUUUGCUGGGGUGAAAGGAUGGGCUGCAGCUUCCUUGAUGCCUGUGUGGUUCACCCAGACUGCUGGCACAGCCCCUCCCAGCUGGGUGCAGGGGGACAAUUCUCUGUGACAGUGGUGGUGGCAGCCACAUUGUGCAGAAACCUUGCUUGGCCUUGUCUUCUGUUGUGUUGUCUUUUUAAAAAUAAGUUAAAAAAUGAGGAAACCCAAACAAAUCCUCAAACAGGGAGGGCAGCAGCUUGCUUUAUUUGCAGUCUGAGUCAGUUGCCACAGAGAAUUUUGGACCUUUUGCUCCCAGUGGGGAGAGCUGGAGGUGCUGUCACCGGGAGCAGAGGGAGGUGAUGGCGUUUGGGAUGGUGUCACUUGUUCCUGCAGGGCAUUCCUGGCCACAGACACACCUGGGGUGCUGCCACACAGCCAGGCCAUCACCUGAGUGAGGGUGAGAGAGCUCUGCUGGGAAAAUCCAGCCCUGGGCCAGGGUUCUGUUCCCAGCUGGGCUGCCUGGUGUAAGCAGGAAUUCAGAGUUCUGCCCUGUGUGUGAGUGAGGCUCUGGUGAAUAGGAAGCACAGAAGGAAAAGCCUCAUCCCACUGUCACGGCCUCCAGCUUGCUGCUGUCACACUGAGAAUUUAUUAUUUGUAGAGAAGGAAACUCUGUCUGGGGCUGAAUUUUAAGUCCCUGUGUCAAGGACUUCUUCUCCUGGCUCCUGGAGUGGGGGUGGCCAUGGACAGACAGAUCCUGCAGCAGCCACAGUGCACCAUGUCAGAAACACCAGGGAUCAGCUCUGGCCUGGCUGCUUCCCACUGCUCCAGGCUAAGGCUGGAGCCUUUUCCAGUCUGGACUCAUGCUGGGAGCUGCUGGGAUUGUCUCUGGUGUCCAGCACUGUCACAGUGCCAGCUCAGAGCUUCAACCCCACUCUGGCCUUUGCUCACUCCCCCUCCUGCAGGAUGAGGAUGAGGGGACUGUGAGGGGUGUUCAGUGCUCCACUCUGGGCUGAGAGGAGCCUGAGCUCCCUGUGCAAUUCAGGAUGCACUGGCAAAGGGGGAAGGCAAAAUACUUCUCUGUGGUGGAAGCAGAAACAGAUCCUGGAAGAAGCAGAAACCAGACACCUCAAAUGACAACAGGAGGAUGCACUUUAUAGAUGUAAAAUAUUUUUAUUCGUAAAUGCUGAUCUUCUAAAUCUGUUUCCACAAAUUCCAAAACCCAUAACACUCUGUAUACUUCAAAAAAUUCUCUUUUUUUGUGUUGUUUUUUUGUAUUUUUUUGCCAACAUUAGAUACUAUUAUACAGAACAGAAAAAACUGUAGGACAAAUACUGGUAGGAUGUUGGAAUAUUGUACAAGAGAAGAAAAAUAUUCAAGAAACAAUUUAAUACAGCUAUUUAUCAAGAGAAAAAUAUAUACAAUUGAUUUAUUCUGUAAGAUAAAAAUACAUCAUGCCAUAUACAUUACAAGUUCAGAACUGUAUUACUGAAUAUACCAACAGUUUACAGUCCACUUUAAUUGUGCACACAAAAAAAAAAACUUCAUUUUUUUUUAAUAUUUAGCCUGUGAAGUGUCAGUACCAGAAUUUUAAGUACAAAAUAAAAAGCUAACCUGGUUCAAAAUGCUGAUUAAAUUUCUACAAGCAAACACAAAACAGUGUUUAUUUUUUAAAGAAAUGUAAACAAAAACAAUCCAUACAUACACAUCUUUAAAUUACAUUUUCCAAAAUCCUAUUGCCAGAGUCCUGCAGCUGCAAGCACAUUACACCUAAUUUUUUUUCCUUGUUUUCCUUUUAAGAAGGCUAUCGUAUCGCAUGAGACUGAAGCUCCAAGUCAUUCUAUGCUGUUUACAUGAUUUAAUCUGUAGGCUGAACAGUCACCUAAUCCUUGACUACUUUUGCUGAAGAAAAAAAACCAUGUCCAGCCUCUAUUUUGGGUGGUUUUAGCAGUUAUUCACAGUUAUCACAAAUUGUAAGCACAAAAAAACCUGACUUAAGAAAUAGGGAUGCAACAAUAUAAUACAAAUAAAAUUAAUCUAAAUUACCCAAACAUCUACAAAAGUCAGAGUUGUAAUAUACACUGCCUUUACCAGGCUUAAGGUUUACUUUAAAAAAAUUCUCAUAAGACCACAGUUGAGACUGCUUUAAACAUACAAAACCCCCUCUCUUUAAAUUGAGAUUUUGGUUAUUCCGAACUGGGAAUCGCAUGUCCGUGAGUACAUGAGAUCAUAUUGUAACAUCCCUAUCAACGGUUGAGAAUAAGCACCCGAACUGCUGCAGAGUCUGGUAGCAUUUGGUCAAUAACUAUUUUUAUACUGUAUUUUUUUUUUCUCAAAAUAUUUACACUUUUAUACAAAGUAACAGAGUUUUGUUAGUUCUGCAGGUAACAGCAGCAGCUUGGCUUUCUUCUAACUUUCUUUUUAAAAAUAGCUUCAUUCACUUAUUCAAUAAUAAAUACAAAAAGGUUCUCUUAUUUUACAGAAAUCAAAAACUACAAUAAACUGACUCAUGGAAUCAAGUAUUUAAAUGUAUUUUAGUGCAAGUUAUUUUUUCCCUUAGCUCUAUCCCUAAGGAAGUCGUUUCAGUACAUUCCUUGUUCAGUGGUGUCUACUUUUAUUUAAAUUUUUUUUCUUUAAUUAGAGGGCCUGCCCCUUUAUCAAAUAAGGCUGUGGCCAGCACUUUGGACUUCUCCCUUUCGCUGGUGAUUUCAGUCUUACAUUCAUAGUGGCCACCUGCCCUCCUGCAGGUCAGCCAGCGGUUCUUUGCCCAAGUUAAACAGUUUCUCCUUAGUGAGCUCAAAAACAAAAGUGCUGGACCAUUCUGUUAACUCAGUUUCACCUCCACGUGUCUGGAAAGUCAGCUUCAGAUUUUGCCGGCUUGCUUCUGGUGCUUGUUGGUUGGUGGGUUAUUUUUCCUUUUUUUUUUUCUUUUUUUUUUUUUUCUUUUUAAAUACUUGUGUAGAAAUCUGUAUUUCCAGAAGUGAUAUAUUUUUUUUUCCCCU